AUGGUUAAGCGUCAUUUUAGCACUCCGACCGCAUAGCGCAUCAUGGAGCGAGGAUCAUCAGCUCCAUGGAGCCAGAUUCUUCAAGAGACAAUAGGAGAAGGCAGACUGAAUGGAGAGGCUCUCAGAGACUACUUCCGACCUCUAGAGGAUUGGCUCAGGAUAUCGAGACGGCAGGUCUUCAAGUAUACGGUGGUUUCUACAACGCAGCACAUCGCCAUUAUGACGUCACAAGUUUUAUCAUAA